GUUCACUAAGUGCGAAGCAUCUCGGCAAUGAAUGCCCGAGGUGAAGAUGGGGUUGAACAAGAUCUCAAAACAAGUCUAAGUACAAGGGUUCAAAGGCGGACUAAGCUCAAGAUGACCUCGGCUACGCACACACCGAACAAGGGACAAGAUCACGCAAGUAAUACUAACAAAACAAGGCAAACAAAUCCUUCCAAUUAAUAUAAUAAAGCAAGACCAUGCAAGAAUGUAUGCAAGUAUGACAAGAAUAAGGUGAAGGUUGUUACAGUUACCGACUUACUCUGUCCUCUGGGUAUCAGAGCACAUAAAAAUAACUUGUUCAAGUAGUCCAUAGAUACUUUUUAAGGUUCCAAUGCUAUUGUGAUAAUUAAUUUGCAUUAGUUGUGUUAUGUUAACUUGUCAGUUUAUUAUGGGGUUGUCAGGUUGAAGAGAAAGGGACUUCAGACAGCUUGAUUCAAGAGCACAUAGAUGAUGGAGCAGAAAAUCAUAAUCCUGACAUUGCAUUAGAGGAUAUAGAGAAAGAGAACCCUGAUACUGUAGUUCAGGGGAUGACGGAUAAUGAAGCAGCUAAACAUGUACCUACCACAGAAGAUGAUAACGAGUCUCUUCCUGUCUCCACACAGAAUCAGCAUCUGCAGCCAAUUCCUUCACUCAAUGGCAGACAUGAGUUCAGUCCCAUGGAUUUGGAUUCUGAUAACAAUGUAAAUGUGGAGACAGAUGACAUUCCUCAUAAUGUAUCAGAGAACGCAGAAAAUUUGAACCAUGUGGACGUUGCUGUUAGUCAGGGGGAUCCUCUUUCUUCUACUAGUUAUGUUCGGCCAGCAGUUGGCAUGCCCGAUUCUUAUUAUCAUUGUACUUCUUUAAACCACGAUUACACUUCUGCACAUGAGUUGUCAAUUGGGCAUCCGCAUUUUGAAGAGCAAUUGGCCAGACAGAUUGAUCUGGAAUCCGAUAAUCAGGAAGAAGGCACAGAGAAAGCUCUGUUGCACAGACAACCCAUUGAAAGGGCCUGCUUCAAUCCAUACACUGACAAAGAGGUUCAAGAUCGAAAUGAGCUACUACAACAUUUCUUUAAGGCCCAGGAUGGUUUACCUUACCGUCAUGAGCAGAAACAGAAAGGGUUAGAUUUUUUGCCAGAGACUGGUCAGUUUUCUGGGCAUGUUGGGCAGCAUCUCCAUCCGUCAGUGUCAUUGGAUCUGAGGCAGAAGAGACUAAACGAGUUAUACAUGCAUCAAAACAUUCAAGAGAAAAUGUUCUCUGAUGUAGGUAGGUACACUAUUCCAAGGCAAGAGCACUUUUCAUCCGUCAAUGUUCAGGAUUGGGCUGUCAGUACCACCCACAUGGCAGUGCCUCUCCAAUCUCAUCUGAGUGGUGGAGAGUUGGAUCGGACUUGGUUUUUAGGAGAGCAUAGUGUGCGUGGCAGUUGGUCCAGUUUGGAUGCGGUUGGCCCAACCCAAAGCAUUGGAAAUAGAAGAAAUGCGGAUCAGAGCCUAUUUAGUGUUGUAUCUCAGUGUAAUGAUCAGUUACAUCCUGGUGCCCCUUAUGAUUCAAUGCGCUCCACUGAACAGUUCAUUCAGGUGGGGACCUAUGGUGGACUGGGUGCACUUGUCCCCACAGGAAGCAAUGCUUUGGUACAGGCAGUCGAUCCACUUGACUACUUGAGUGGGCGUGAAACUACAGCUGCUACUGUAAAGAACAAAAAUAUAGGAUGGAUGAGAAUGCCACCUCAGAAUUCUGCUUUACAGGACUCUUUGGGAAAAACAUUCUUGAGGUCCUGGAACAAAUAAUGAUGAUUUUGUUGUACCCCUUUGUUUGGACAAGUGGAUUGUCUACCCAGUUUGGACGGACACUGAUGCUGAACACAAGAUGAUGCAUUCAAUGGAGUUUCAGGCCAGUUAGUUUUAGGACUAGGGUUCAGUCUUGUUUUUUUACCUUCCAGAAACUGGGUAGAUAACCCUUGCGAUGGCAUUUUAUACACACACAUAGGGGAACCAAUUCAACCCGUGUGUAAUAUCUAGGCUGUAGACAGGAAUGUGGGUAAUGUGAAUUGUAGAAGGAAUCAGGGAUUUAUGGUUUGGAAGGUGAGUUAGAGUAGUCAUAAAUACAGAUCCAUUUUAAUUUGGGAUUUUUUCCUUUCUUCUCCUUUGUUUGAUGGAGGAGAAAUCUCAUUCAAAUACCUUUUGCAGGUUAGAAUCUAGGCAAGUACUUUGAUAUAAUAAAAGUUGUCAUUUUCUGUUUA